AUGCACAUCGAAGGGAAGUCUCCAAAUGGCAUGUUCGGAUUCCACGUACCAACAGUGUGCGGCAAGUUUGAACGCACGACGAAAUGGGAGAAGACCUGGGCGGCAUGCUUUACCAAUUUGCUCAACGAUGUGAUCAGAUACGACAACGAGACCAACGGUCCUUGGCCAGAGUUUGACGCUGCCUGCAAGCAAGUCAUCGACGUCGUUAUCCCAAGACUCCUAGGUGCUCUCCAGUCAGAUGGUCGGAACAUUGAGCCUGUGUUGAUCCAUGGCGAUUUGUGGGAGCAGAAUGUUGGCAUCGACAUGGAGACCGGCGAUACAAUCCUGUUCGACCCUGGAUGUGUGUAUGCCCAUAAUGAGAUGGAGUUCGGCACAUGGAGAGCGUCUUGGGCCUGCCAUUUCAACUCUCCGAUAUACAUGCGAUUGUAUCAGCGCCAUAUCGAACCCUCUGAGCCUGUAGACGAGUGGGACGACCGCAAUCGACUUUACAGUAUCCAUAUAUAUCUGAACGACUCCGCGGGCCAUCCUGGUAGUAUCUCGAGGGCUACGUGA